UGUUAAAUUUUGAAGGUAGCAAGACAGCAGUUUGUUAACAUUAAUAUACAUUGCUUGUCAAAGCGCCCUUAAAGUCGCUAAAUCGUUGAAACUAAACGGAAAGAGGACGUUUGUGUGAAAUUAGCAUUAGCACAAAAGCUAGCUGCCACCGUGCUAUUGUUUUGGCAGCUAGAGUGUGGACUAGCUGUAUCUAUCCCUCUCAAAUUAACACGAUCCUCUUAGUAUAGGUGGUGUAUUUGAAUUUUGUUAUGACUCACAGUCAGCUGCUCUUCUAAUACACCGAAUAAUGAAUUACUAUGGCUGGUUGUAAAAGGAAGAAUAAGGUCAGCUGUUGCUAAUGGUGGCCAUCGUUACCGAGACACAGACAGAUCAGUGUCAGCAACAUUAGUCCUACUCCUAAUUAUAAUGUGGUUAGAAGUAACUGACACGUUUACUCAGCUCUAAACCUACCAUUAUGUGUGCUUGACCUAUUUACUAGUGCUGCUUUGCAUUUAAAUUCCACUACAUGUAACUAGAAACCUCAUGUUCAUUCAUUCAAAUGCUUCAUCAGACAGCAGAGUUCCUGCCUGCUUUCAGAUUAAGAGUUUUCAUUAAAAAAAAAACACGAGUGAAAGAAGGUAGAGAACAGGUGAAAAAAGUUAAAGAAAUUGAAAAUUGAAAGAACGAUGCAGUAUUUAUUUUGUCACUUUGAAAUAAGAAACAGUGAUACAGUAUUUUUAGAAUAAAUAAGAGGUCGUUAAGUCAGUCAGUUAUUAUUAUGUUACUCAUUUGUAUACCUAUUCAUACUGAGGCAGUAUCUUCGUGUUACUGCUGGUUUGCUACAUGAUCAUAUGUUUAUUUACAUUACUAGUGUAUUAGGAUAAGGUAGAACUUUAAUGCGCUGACCCAGUCGUCUUGUCAAACUGGCUCAAAUUUCUUACAUUUGCCCAUUUUUCCUGUUUCUAAUAUCAACUUUGAGGACAAAAUGUUCACUUGCUGCCUAUUAUGUCCAACCCAAUAACAGGUGUCAAGAUGAAGGGAUAAUCAGAGUUAUUCACUUCACCUGUCAGUGGCCAGAAUGAUGCCUGAUUGGUGUACUACGAAAUGUUGGGCUACAUCUGGCAGUAUGUUUACACAUCCUUCCUGAGAUACUGGCUGAAGUGGCUCAUCAGACAGGCAACAGGGAAAUGUGAGCUGCAGAGAAUAUGUUCUGAAUGCAAACCUGGAGCAACAAGGACCGCAAAAGCAGAGUACUCUCUUCGCUCUUCAAAGAGCAAGGUCUUAAGAGGAGCCUUGGAAACCAGUAAGGAUAAUUUAGAGCAAUGUGUGGAUCAAAUUAUGAAGGAAAAGAAUGUCAAACCUCAGAAAGAUCCCCAGUUCAAGGCAAGCCUAAACAUCUGUCUGCUACAGAUUACAGGAUACAGCAGCUUGUAUGUAUCUGUAGAAGACUUGAGGAAGGAAGUUUUCAGCGCAGACAACCUUGAACACGAGGCCAUGCUUUUAAAGCUGUGGGACUUGUUGAUGCCGUCGGUCAAAUUGGAGUCCAGGAUCACUAAACAGUGGGGAGACAUUGGAUUCCAAGGAGACGACCCCAAGACAGACUUCAGAGGAAUGGGCCUGUUGGGCCUAAUUAACCUUGUGUUUUUUAGCGAAAACUACACAAUGGAGGCUCGCCGGGUGUUGUCUCAUGCAAACCAUCCUAAACUAGGGUAUUCCUAUGCCAUAGUUGGGAUAAACUUGACAGAGAUGGCCUACAGCCUCCUGAAGAGUGGUGCUCUGAAACCACAUUUCUACAAUACAGUCCAGGGCACCCCAGAGCUGCAGCAUUUUCAUCAGCUCUACUGUUAUCUGGCUUAUGAAUUUGAUAAAUUCUGGGUGGCAGAAGAACCAGAGAGCAUCAUGCACUUCAAUCAGUACAGAGAAAAAUUCCACACAAUUGUGAAGACACAUCUACAGGAGCCCGAUGCGUCUCUCACACUGACUGUCAGCUCAAAAAACUAACACUUUUCACAUGAUGUGACGUUUGAUCUGGUAGAAGGAAGGUCGGCAUGAGCAAUGCUGACACAUUGCAAACAGAAUGAAGCUGAUCGUUGCCUCAUAUUCCUGAAGAAUCCAAAAAAAUUAGUCCUCUCGUGUUUGGUUUUGUGAUUCAUUUGUGAUGCUCAGUCCAUCUUGUUCCAGUGACAGUUAAGGUAUUUAAAAUCAAGCACAAAUCUUAAACACCUUAUGCCUCAACAACGACCAUUCCAGUGGUUCAUUCACUCAUAAAGGGGAAAUGAGAGCUACUGCAGAGGACUGUAGUGAUAAAAAAUGGCUCUAUAUGUUGUAAGGCUUUAAGCACUUUCAGUGAGCAAGCAGCCAAAUUGUUGCAUUUAAAGGCAGUAAAAUGGUGAUGAACAACCUUAUUUUAGCUGUCUUGUAUUUAUGUGAACAAAGCCUGUGUGUUCUCACAUUAGUCCUGCUCAGGAAUUUAAUAUUUAUGUUCAGAGGUAAUGGCUGAAACUAAAUAUAAGGAAUGAUUUCCAGUUUUUGACGCUUCAUUGUGGUGCUCCAAUCUUAAAAGUUGUGCAUGUUUUAACCAGUCCCCCACUGAUGUCAUUAAUAUCAUCUGUGUUAUAUAAUAUCAGUGAAAUGGAAAUGUGAGCAGUGGUUUUCAUACAUUUGUAUGUCUUAAGACUGAUGCUGAACUUUUAUUAACUGUUAUUUUUAUGCUGUGAUUUGCUUCUGGAGGCAGGUUUGUAAAACUCACAUCUUGCUGAGAGUUAAUAAACACAUUUGAUUUGAAAAA